AACACACCACGGUCUACGUUCUCCCAGCGUUUUCUCUGUCUAAUCCGUUCUCUCCCUCUCUCUCUCUCUCUCUCUCAUGUCGCCCACCGGAACGAGUCAGCACCUGCUCCGGCUGGCGCUAUCUUGCCGGAAAAUCACAGCUCAGGUGACAAAUCCGGCCACUGAAUCGAUCGUGGCCAUGGCGUCGUCUUCCGAGCAGGAGUUCGUGGCCCAGCACCGAGCCAAGCUCAGCCGAUUCACUCGCCCCCACAAUUUCUGGUUCUGGGAUUCCAAGAUCGCAUCUAGAGUCGGCGAGAAGCUAGGGCUUCGUCUCAGGGAAAUCGGGGUCUCCGACGUCGAGAUCGACCUCAGCGAGGAGCUCUCCAGGCCGAUUCGCCACCGCAGAAUGGUGUCUCCGCUGAUCGAGUCCGUCAGGCGCGCCGGCGUUUGCGUUGCCGGCGCCGACAAACUGGAGUUGUAGGGCCAACGCAACCGCCUGAAAUUUUGACGCCUAUCGAUGAAAAAGGAAAUUUUUUUGUGUAAUGAGAUAUAAUUCUGAAUUGAAUUAUUUAGGGUUUAUUUGAACAGUGAAAGUAGCUUUGUUUGUGUAUUUUGUUUUUAAAAUUUUCACAAUAACUUUUGAGAUGAAAUAAAAAAAUGAAAAGAGCUUAAAACCCA